CACGUACAUACAGAACAUGCAAGGAGAUCACACUCUGGAGAUCCCAGUAACAGUUCGCUAGCAUUCGCCCGGCCUCGUCAUGGCUUCCUUGUCUUGGAGACUGAAUAGGAGGGCAUUCUCUCAAGCUGGGUUCAGAGGGGGGGCUUGGUCCUCGUCGCUCCAGGACCGCAUACACCAGCAGACGCUGAAGAGUAGAAUCCAGUAUCUGGAUUCCGUUGCGGGCGCAAAAGUCCCGGCCAGCGCUUGGCACGCCCUCCCUCUACUUGUUCUGUUUACCAUCUGGAUUGCUAUCGUCUUGUCAGUUGUGAGGCCAAGCGCCUGCGCUAGCGAGGUUUACUUACCUUCCGACGAUAUCACCGGGCCCUCCCGGCCUUCUUACAAUCGCUUUUCGAGCGAGAUCGCUAUGCCAUCUCCCACUCGGCUUUCUUCGGUUUCACUGGUCGCCUCCAUCACUGCCACAUCUUCCGGUGCGUCUGUCGCUACGGCAGCUCUUGCCAGAACAACUGUUGUGUCCGUCUCAGCGUCGGUGUCAUCUGCCGCCGCCACGCCUGUACCUACCCCUGACUUGAGCGUCACCUCUGGCGGGGCGGGAGGCGGUGGCGGCUCUGAUUCUCUGCCACUCAGAGUUGCGUGCUCCUUGGAUUGCCCAACCCCAAACAGCGACAGGUGCAUGGUUGGUUCGAGCGACUUUUUCCAGUGCAUGGAGGAAGUCAACAAGCCUCGGCAAGCCUGUGUUGAGAAGUGCGACAACAUGUUUCCCAGGCGCCGGGGCCUGUACCGGCGGGCCUUGUGCACCAACUCUGGAGCAUUCAAUGGGUAAGCAUCGUGCGCCCACGGUAAUAAUACUCGAAGCGGGUCGCUCUCACAAUGUAUGCAAUCUUCUAAGUUUACCUUUCCUGUCGGUCUCGCUUCCCUUCGUAGCUACGGCGUUCCCGUCCUCAUCCUAUUUCUCGCGUUUACGGUCGUCGGUGCGAUUAUUCACUUCGUGCGCCAGAGCAACAUGGAAAAUGCCCGAGCAGCGACCCAGAAGGCCCUGGAAGUGCUAAACGAUCAGGAUAACCCUCGCGGACUCGCCUGGAAAUACUUAGAGAUAAAGCGGACGACGACUACUUAUAACGCCAGGACCGGAGCGCGAAUCUCGCGAAGAAAGCAGUAUUUUCCCGUAAGCAC